AUGGGACUGAUUAAGCCGACACCGCAUCCUACAUAUGUGACAAAAAAAUCGACUCACACAAUUACCUUUGACGAGGUUAACGAAAGCACUCAAAAUUAUUACCAUCAAAGGAAAAUACGGCAGCAGCUACAUUACAAUCAUCACAAAAUUCAAUCAAAAUCAAAUUCCAGUGGCGCAAAGCGCACAGCGCCAUCAGCUAAUGACAUUCAACUGAACUGGCAUGCGAAGUCGAAACAUGUUGGCCACAAUGGAGAGGUGUAUGUGGAAGAGUCACCUUUUAGUUCAAGCAGUCACAUCAACGAAGAUGCUGAUAACGCUACGGUAUAUGUGGAGGAACAUUCGGAGUCAGUAGGCACUAGUACGGAUAAUAUUAUAGGUAUAAUCUUAGAGUCUGAUAGUAGCCACAUGCCUACAGAGACUAGCAGUGAAAAAAUUACUGAGUACGGCGAUGAUGAUGAUGAAUAUUAUGAUUAUAACAGCGAUGGUGAGUCCAAAACGGGCCAACACGUUUACGAACACGCAUUUGCGCCCGUCGACAUUGGCUACGAUUAUGACAACGGCUUUGAUGGUAAUGCUACUGAAUACGAUUAUCAGCAUUCUCGCCAGUAUCAACAGCAGCCACUAUCUCAAAGCCGUCUGCAACAUCGCCGCAAACAGCCGCCACAACCGAAAAAAUAUCAAGGCGAAUACUCCCGAGAAACACGUGAUCACCAUCGUGUACAAUCACAUCCGUUUUCAAGCAACCAUUUGACAUACGACUCUCACGCAGAUGAU